UGGAGUUACAAAGAGUCAGAUUUGACUGAGAGUCUGAACGAAAAAACUGCUCUCUGUAAUGCAAAAAGAAAGGAGAACUAGCGGGGGUGUUCUACAAAGAGAAUGCCUGAAAGAGAGUCAAGAUUUUGGCAAAAACAUCCCCAAAGAAGAGGCAGAGCAGGAGGAAGAAGACGAAAUGGCAGCUUCACAGGGACGGCUGACAUUCCAGGAUGUGGCCAUAGACUUCACCCAAGAGGAGUGGGAAUGCCUGGACCUCGGUCAGCGGGACUUGUACAGGGAUGUGAUGUUAGAGACCUACAGGAACCUGGCCUCCUUGGGUUUUGUGGUCUCUAAGCCAGACCUGGUCACCUUUCUGGAGCAAAUGAAGGAUCCCAGGAAUAUAAGGAGAGUCGAGAGAACAGCCAUAUACACAGGUAUGAAAUCUUCCAAAUGUACAGAACGUAGCGAAGCGUUUAUCCAUCACCCACUUCUUACUCAACAUCAACGAAUUCAUACUGGAGAGAAGGCUUAUAAAUGUAAAGAUUGUGGCAAAGCCUUUAUCCGAUGCUCACAACUUACUCGACAUCAGCGAAUUCAUAGUGGAGAGAAACCUUAUAAAUGUAAAGACUGUGACAAAGCCUUUAUCCUAUGCUCACAACUUACUCGACAUCAGCAAAUUCAUAGUGGAGAGAAACCUUAUAAAUGUAAAGAUUGUGGCAAAGCCUUUAUCCGAUGUUCAUAUCUUAUUCAACAUCAGCGAAUUCAUAGUGGAGAGAAACCUUAUAAAUGUAAAGACUGUGACAAAGCCUUUCUCCGACGCUCACAUCUUUCUCGACAUCAGCAAAUUCAUACUGGAGAGAAGCCUUAUAAAUGUAAAGACUGUGACAAAGCCUUUAUCCGAUACUCACAUCUUUCUCAACAUCAGCGAACUCAUACUGGAGAGAAACCUUAUAAAUGUAAAGACUGUGACAAAGCCUUUAUCCGAUGCUCACAACUUACUCAACAUCAGCAAAUUCACACUAGGGAGAGACCUAAUCAUUUUACAGAACGUGGCCAAAUCUUUAUUUGGAGUUCAACUUUAACUGAACAUCAUCGAAUCCAUGCUGGGGAGGAACCACACAAAUGUAAAGAAUGUGGCAAAACCUUUAUUACAAGUUCAUAUCUUACUAAACAUCAGCAAAUCCAUACUGGGGAGAGACCAUAUAAAUGUACAGAAUGUGGCAAAGCCUUUAAUCGGAACUCAAGUCUUACUCAACAUCAGCGAAUUCAUACUGGAGAGAAGCCUUAUAAAUGUAAAGAUUGUGGCAAAGCCUUUAUCCGAUGUUCAAGUCUUACUCAACAUCAGCGAAUUCAUAGUGGAGAGAAACCUUAUAAAUGUAAAGACUGUGACAAAGCCUUUAUCCUAUGCUCACAUCUUUCUCGACAUCAGCGAAUUCAUACUGGAGAGAAACCUUAUAAAUGUAAAGACUGUGACAAAGCCUUUAUCCGAUGCUCACAUCUUUCUCAACAUCAGCGAAUUCAUACUGGAGAGAAACCUUAUAAAUGUAAAGACUGUGACAAAGCCUUUAUCCGAUACUCACAUCUUUCUCGACAUCAGCAAAUUCAUACUGGAGAGAAACCUUAUAAAUGUAAAGACUGUGACAAAGCCUUUAUCCAAUGCUCACAACUUACUCGACAUCAGCAAAUUCACACUAGGGAGAGACCUAAUCAUUUUACAGAACGUGGCCAAAUCUUUAUUUGGAGUUCAACUUUAACGGAACAUCAUCGAAUCCAUGCUGGGGAGGAACCACACAAAUGUAAAGAAUGUGGCAAAACCUUUAUUACAAGUUCAUAUCUUACUAAACAUCAGCAAAUCCAUACUGGGGAGAGACCAUAUAAAUGUACAGAAUGUGGCAAAGCCUUUAAUCGGAACUCAAGUCUUACUCAACAUCAGCGAAUUCAUACUGGAGAGAAGCCUUAUAAAUGUAAAGAUUGUGGCAAAGCCUUUAUCCGAUGUUCAAGUCUUACUCAACAUCAGCGAAUUCAUAGUGGAGAGAAACCUUAUAAAUGUAAAGACUGUGACAAAGCCUUUAUCCUAUGCUCACAUCUUUCUCGACAUCAGCGAAUUCAUACUGGAGAGAAACCUUAUAAAUGUAAAGACUGUGACAAAGCCUUUAUCCGAUGCUCACAUCUUUCUCAACAUCAGCGAACUCAUACUGGAGAGAAACCUUAUAAAUGUAAAGACUGUGACAAAGCCUUUAUCCGAUACUCACAUCUUUCUCGACAUCAGCAAAUUCAUACUGGAGAGAAACCUAAUCAUUUUACAGAACGUGGCCAAACCUUUAUUCGGAGUUCAACUUUAACUGAACAUCAUUGAAUCCAUACUGGGGAGGAACCACACAAAUGUAAAGAAUGUGGCAAAACCUUUAUUACAAGUUCAUAUCUUACUAAACAUCAGCAAAUCCAUACUGGGGAGAGACCAUAUAAAUGUACAGAAUGUGGCAAAGCCUUUAAUCGGAACUCAAGUCUUACUCGACAUCAGUGAAUUCAUACUGGAGAGAAGCCUUAUAAAUGUAAAGAUUGUGGCAAAGCCUUUAUCCGAUGUUCAAAUCUUACUCAACAUCAGCGAAUUCAUACUGGGGAGAGACCUUAUUGUUGUACAGAAUGUGGCCAAACCUUUAUUCGGAGUUCAAUUUUAACUGAACAUCGCCGAUUCCAUACUGGGGAGAAACCAUACAAAUGUACAGAAUGAGGCAAAGCCUUUUUUACGAGUUCAGAUCUUACUAAACAUCACUGAAUUCAUAUGGGGUACAAACGCUAUAAAUGUACAGGGUGUGGCAAGGCCUUUAUUAACAGUUCUACUCUUAUUAAACAUCAGCGAAUCCAUACUGGGGAGAGACUGUAUAAAUGUACAGAAUGUGGCAAAGCCUUUAAUCAAAACUCAAUUCUUACUACACAUUUAUGAGUUCAUACUGGAAAGAAGCCUUAUAAAUGUACAGAAUGUUGCAAAGCCUUUAAUCAUAGUGGUUGGCUUACUAAACAACACACACUGGAAAGAAACCCUAGUAAUGGAACAAGUGAUGGGAGAGGUUUGCCCUAAACAUGCAUCAGAAAACACAAGUUUAUACGAGAAACCUAUGGAAAGGAUGUCACAAAUAUGUAGAAAGGUAUCUAAUAAAAAAAUCAAAUCUAAAUAAAUAUCAGAGACUGCAUACUAGAAAGCAUUUCAUCAAUCCUCUUUUCUGAAGUUUCUAUGAAGGAGAAUUACUGUAGAGAGCAAUCCAUAGUUAAAACACAUAGAAAAUGGAUAUAUUAGCAUGGAUCAU